AUGUCUGACAAACAACAACAAAAACCUAUUUUAUAUUCUUAUUGGAGAUCUUCAUGUGCUUGGAGAGUUCGGAUUGCUUUGGCUAUCAAAGGUAUCGAAUAUGAUUAUAAGACUGUGAAUUUGUUGUCGCAAGAGGAAUUGGUUGGUUUUUUUUUGAAAAUUGGGUUAAUAAAAUAGAAUUUUCAUUUAUUUUCUCUCUCAAAAUCCACCAAAUCCAAUUUUUAUCUAUUCCAGAAUGCCCCAGAAUUUGUCAAAAUCAAUCCAGCAAAACGAGUUCCUGCUUUAGUUGUCAACAACGGAGAAGCAAUCACUGAAAGCUUGGCAAUCGUUGAAUAUCUCGAAGAUAUCCAUCCAGAAAAUUCACUCUUCCCAAAAGACCCAGUGAAACGCGCAUAUGCUCGUGAAAUUGCUCUACACGUAAGGCACCCAUUAUUUUUAUCUGAAACUUUAUUAACAAAACAUCAAUAGUUCACAUUCCAGAUAACAUCAGGAAUGCAACCACUUCAAAAUUCAAGUGUUUUGAAAUUUUUGAACACGAAAGAAGCUGGAUCCGGUGCAAAAUGGGCUCAACAUUGGCUUACUGUUGGUUUCGGAGCUUUGGAACAAUUAUUGGCGAAACACUCUGGAAAAUAUUGUGUUGGUGAUGAGGUUACGGUGGCGGAUUUGUGUAUUCCAUCAAUUGUAUAUAAUGCGAACAGGUAAUUUUUGAAUAAUUUAUAAAAAUCGAAUUAAUUACAAUUCGAAAUUUCAUCUCCCUGGUUAAAAAAAAAAACCAUUGAAAAAUUUUCAUAAAAAUCGGAAUCACUACUGGACUUUCAAGCCAUUUUACACGGCGUUUCAUUGUUUUUUUAAUUUUGAGAAGCUUCCAGAAAUCUCUCAAAUAAUCAUAAAUUCUUUUUCGCUCAGACUCCAUCUUCAAUUUUCUUCUGAAUUUCAGAAAAAUUUAGAAAUUCAAGUUCAUGUAAAAAUUAUUUGAGGCCAAAAAAUCUUGAGUACUGAAAAAGUCUGAUCAGCGAUUUUGUGAGCUCAAACUUCAGCUCUGAAUUGAAAAUGUAUCAGUUGAAGCUUUUUUGUCAACCUCGAAAAAUGAUUAGUUUGGCUACGUAUGUACCUUAAUUAGUUAACUGAGUAUCUAAUGUUUUCAAAAAAUAAAAUUCCAAAAACCUCCCCUUCCCCAUUCUCCAAAAAACAACACAAACCCGUUCAUUACUCAUCCUCCUCUCAAAACACUCUUCAAAACAAAAUAAAAUAAAAUAAAACAUGACCUUAUUCUGUCCCAUCUUGUAAAAAAAUUCUUCAGAUAACAAUCAGUGUUUUGCAGAUUCAACAUUGAUCUCACACCCUUUCCAAACGUCAAACGCAUCGAUUCAAACCUUGCCAUUCUUCCCGAAUUUAUUGCUGCGAUUCCUGACAAUCAACCAGAUGCAGGCUUGAAUGCAUAA